CAAGAAGAUGCCGAAGGAGCCACCUGCAUCCACCACAUAGAUGCUGAGGCAGCCAAAACUUGGAUAUACCCAGUUAAUGUUCCUCUCCGUGACUAUCAAUUUGCUAUCACCCAGUCCGCACUCUUUUCGAACACAUUGGUGGCCUUGCCAACAGGACUUGGCAAAACACUCAUUGCCGCGGUUGUUAUGUAUAAUUAUUUCAGAUGGUUUCCUCAAGGUAAAAUAGUCUUUGCUGCCCCUUCUCGACCACUUGUCAUGCAGCAGAUAGAAGCAUGCCAUAAUAUUGUGGGAAUACCUCAAGAAUGGACGGUUGAUAUGACCGGUCAGCUAAGUCCUCCCAAAAGAGCUCGUUUUUGGAAAACAAAGCGAGUUUUCUUUGUCACUCCACAAGUAUUGGAAAAAGAUAUUCAUUCUGGUACGUGUUUGGUGAAAUACUUGGUAUGUUUGGUAAUUGAUGAAGCUCACAGGGCAAUGGGAAAUUACGCUUAUUGUGAAGCAGUUCGUCAGUUAAUGGCUGUACCGGUACAACUGAGAAUAUUAGCGUUAACUGCAACGCCGGGAUCAAAGCAGCAGACGGUCCAGGAUGUUAUUGAUAAUCUGCAUAUCUCCAAGCUCGAAUAUCGCAGUGAAACUGACCAUGACGUUAUCUCAUAUGUUCACAAUAGGAAGGUAGAGGUGAUACAGGUUGCAAUGGGCCAAGAUGCUGCAGAAAUAAACAAUAAGUUUUUGGAAGUAAUACGCCCUGUAGUAGCCAGGCUUACAAAAAUUGGGGUCAUUCAGAAUAGAGAUUAUCGCACUUUGAGCCCUUGUGUAUUACUUGAAAUGAGGGAAAAGUUUCGUCAGGGGCCUAGGGAAGAUCUUUCUCAUGUCAACUAUGGAGAUGUUGAAGGGUAUUUUGGAGUUCUUAUUACUCUUUAUUACAUCCAUAAGCUACUUUCAAGUCAUGGAAUAAGGCCAGCAUAUGAGAUGCUCGAAAGAAAAUUGAAGCAAGGGUUUUUUGCAAAAUUUAUGAGUAAAAAUGAAGUUAUUCUAAAAGCAAGGCAACUAAUGCAGCAAAGCUUGUCUCAUGGAGCAUCGAGUCCCAAGUUGUCCAAAAUGCUAGAACUAUUACUGGAGCAUUUCAAAACCAAUGAUCCGCAAAACUCCAGGGUAAUUAUUUUCUCCAACUAUAGAGAAAGUGUCAGGGACAUUAUGGAUGCACUUGGGGGCACUGGGGAACUAGUCAGAGCUACCCAGUUUAUUGGUCAAAGUACAGGAAAAGCAAUGAAGGGUCAGUCCCAAAAAGUUCAACAGGCUGUGCUGAAGAAAUUUCGGUCUGGUGCCUACAAUGUCAUCGUUGCUACAUCAAUUGGUGAAGAAGGUCUUGAUAUCAUGGAAGUUGAUCUUGUCAUAUCUUUUGAUGCUAAUAUUUCACCACUUAGAAUGAUUCAGCGAAUGGGGAGAACUGGAAGAAAGCAUGAUGGACGAGUUGUAGUUUUAGCUUGUGAAGGGACAGAGUUGAAAGGCUACUUGCGAAAACAGGCUAAGAGCAAGACUAUAAGUAAACACAUGCGAAAUGGGGGCGUAAAUAGCUUCAGCUUUCAUCCUAGUCCAAGGAUGAUUCCCCACAUCCUUAAACCAGAAGUUCAAUAUGUUGAGCUGUCAAUUGAGAAAUAUAUUCCUCGUGAAAAGAAUGUGAAAGACGACCAUCUUCACAUUUCUGCAUCCAAGGAGAAACUCACUGAUGCUGAAAAUGAUUUACUGGAAACAUAUUUUCACCCUACUGGGGAAAAUAAAUGUAGAUUAUCUCUUAUUGCCUUUCCCCACUUUCAGACCUUUCCUUCUAGAGUGCAUAAAGUGAAACAUUCCUUUGGAACAUUGAUGCUUAUAGAUAUGAUGCAGCGUUUGAAAGGACUAGUAUCAUUUCCAGGAGAUAGCAAAACUUCUCUUCAGGAAGAUCUGUGUUUAGGAAAUAGUAAUCCAGUUGCAAUUACCGAGCUGGAUGGGGGUAUAAAAGAUAAUGAAUCAUGCUCUAGGCAUACAAGGGGAAGGAAUGUAGUCUAUGUAAAUUGUCUGGAGCUGGAUUCCUGUCAUUUGGAGAUUCAAACCAAAGACUCUGUUGAUCCAACUCUCCAGGAUAGUACUCUCUGUGACUUGGGUAAGCAUCUCGAGGAAACAUGCGAGGGUGAUGAGACAAUUCCUGAGACUCCAAUUGCUAAGAAAAGUGUGUCAAAUGAGGGAGAUAAUGCUGGUGAAACGAUCAAUCUUGUGGAGAUCAAGACUUCUUUGUUGGUUGAAGAUGCAUGCUUGGAUGGCUUAAGAGAUGAACUUAGUCCUCGUUUAACUAAUUUUAUUAGAAGUGGUGUUGUUCCAGAGUCUCCCAUUGAUGAAAGAGGGCAAUCAAGAAACAACUUUGUCAUUCGAGACUGUAUUUCACCUGUUCAUCUUCUCGAACAAGGCAAUGUUAGUUCUUUAUGUUUUAGGGAAACUGAAAAGGUCAUCAUUGAUAGUGGGCCUGGUAAGAAUGCCUCUACUUCUCCUGUUGUCAAUGAAACUCAAACCCCUUUACUUGAGCUGAAGAAGUAUGCAAUUAGAAGAGGACGUGUCUUCCUUUCCCCAACUGACGAAGACCAUACACAUAUCGCUGACCCAUGCUUCAGUGGAGAAUCACAUUUAGGCUGUGGUGAAAUGUCUUUAAGCAUUAAACCUGCACGCAAAUUUAAAAGGUUGCGGAAAGCUGAUGAUAUUGACAGUAAUAUGAAUCAGAAAAACAAUAAUUGUUUUGCUUCAACAGCAAACCUUUUGAAAUCAUCUUCUACCUCCAAUCCCACACGAUGUAAGCAUGGCCAAGGUAAAAGGACACCAACACAUACUGUGAGAGACUUCAUUGAGGAGGAAGCUGAGGUAUCUUCAGAUGCCUACAUAUCCAAUGACGAAGAUGACGAGGAUGGCAAUUCAGUUGACAGUUUCAUAGAUGACAGGACCAACCCUUCAGCGGCCAGUCAGGCUGAAGCUAGUAGAAUGGACAUGAUGGCAAUUUACAGGCGUUCUUUGCUGAGUCAAACACCAAUUAAUGGAGGGCUCAAUUUUUCUGCCACUUUCAGUCCUGACCAUGUGACUAUGGCAACCAGUGUAAGUGAAAGUGGGGAUUCUUCAGGCAAGACAACGAGUCAUUUUCAGGCAGAACCAACCGAUCAGUCAGCUAAUCGGACUUCAGAAUCAGUUCACAUCAACCAGACAACCUCCAAAGCAGUGCCUUCAACUGGUUCCCUUGCCGGAACUAGGACAGAGAUAAGAAGUCGUAAACGAAGAUUAACAUUUUACCAUUCUGGAAACUUUCCAAAUAUGAACCUUGAACAAGAAUUUGCACUUCACUCAAAGAAAGAAACAGCGGAUGCCGACUCAACUAUAGAUGUUCUAUGUGAUGAUCAAUUUUAUAAUGACCUUGAUCUUGACGAGUUGGAGGCACAAGCAACUUCGCUUCUAAAACGGAAAUUAGAUUUGUCAAUUCAGAAGCAAGAUACAAUCCCUCAAUCUCACUCACCGAACCUGGACAUUUUUAGGUCUCCAUCAUUUGACCUUGGGAUAUGAAAAGCACGACAAAAGCACUGAUUCGGCACGGCACUUACAUUUUGGAAAUUAACUUAUAUAAUAUAAACUGGUUACCAGAAAUCUCUUACUCCAUAUUUAUGCAAACGUACAAUAUUGUAGUCAUAUUAGUGGAUUGGACCUUGUAGCC